AUGCCCGACCCCAGCCGUUCUAUGCCCUCCAACGGGCGCAGAACAAGCAUCGACUCUCAAGGGGGCGUCGACGCCGAGUUAGGCCAUGCAUCGCUCACCCAACCCUUCCUCAACGGUGACACCCUUUCAACCCACGACCACGACCAUGACCACGAUACCCCCCUCCUCACAACCUCCGAAACCAAGUCCCUCAAACGCUCCCUAGCCCAGCGCCACCUGUCUAUGCUCGCCCUGGCCGGCUCAAUCGGCACAGGCCUGUUCCUUUCCCUGGGUCAAGCCAUCCAGCGCGCCGGCCCGUUAGGCUCCCUCCUCGCUUAUGCUGUAGUCGGCUUCGUCGUCUGCGCAGUACAGUUCGCCCUAGGCGAAACCGCCGCUCUGGUACCCGUCACAGGCUCAUUCGUCCGCCACGCGGAGAUGCUCCUCGACCCGGCGUGGGGUUUUGCAGUCGGAUGGAACCUCGUCUACGGGAAUUUGGUCAGUGUCCCCGUAGAAGCAACGGCCGUGUGCGUGUUGGUUCGGUACUGGGGAUGGGGGAUCCAUGACGCGGUGGUGAUUUUGGUGUUUUGGGUUGCAACCGUGGGCGUGGGGAUGGCGCGGGUGAGGGUAUUUGGGGAGGUGGAGUUUGUGUUUGCGCUGGUGAAGGUCACAUUUGUGGUGUUUUUGGUAAUUUUGGGGCUGAUAAUUGAUCUGGGAUGGGUUCCGGGGCAGGAGGCGAUAGGGCUUAGGUAUUGGUCGGAUCCCGGGCCUUUUGUUGAGUAUAUUGCUACAGGGGACUGGGGGAGGUUUUUGGGAUUCUGGGCGGUCAUGACGGGAGCGGUGUUCUCGUUUGCGGGGGUUGAAUCGCUCGCUAUGGCGGCGGCUGAGACGAAGAAUCCGAGGGAGGCUAUCCCUAGAGCUUGCAAGCGGGUAUUUGGACGAGUUGUAGUUUUCUAUAUGCUGGCGGUUUUUGUCGUCGGCCUGUUGGUUCCCAGCAAUGAUCCGCGGCUGGAUGGUUCUGGGGACACUGUGGCACAGAGUCCCUUCGUCAUUGCUGCCCAGCAAGCAGGUAUCCCGGCUAUCGCGUCGCUUGUCAACGCUGUGGUCAUUACUUCGGCCUGGUCCGCGGCAAACCAGAGCCUGUUAGCCGGCACGCGUGUGCUCUACGGGCUGGCUCUGAAGGGUCAGGCUCCUAAGAUCUUCCUGCGGACAACAUCAUGGGGCACCCCAUACAUAUGCGUUGGGUUGUUUGCGAUCUUCAUCCUCCUCAGUCUUUUGAGUCUAUCUGAGAGUGCGAUCACAGUGUUCUGGUGGCUGGUUUCUCUGACAGCUGCUGGAGUGCUCGUGUCAUGGGCAACUAUCCUCCUGAACCAUAUCCGGCUUCUGAAGGCCAUGAAGAAGCAGGGCUAUAGUACUACGAAGUUGCCAUGGCACAACUGGUGGACAGAGUACUCCUCGCCUCUGGCGUUUGUCACUGUUAUUGUUUUUCUCCUCACAGGCGGUUUUAGUGUUUUUACGAAGGGCAACUGGGAUGCCGCUAAGUUUGUCUCCUCAUAUCUCGAUAUACCGAUUGUGUCAUCAGCAUUCCUCUUCUGGAAGUACACCAAAAAGACAAGUAUCGUUUCUCUGGACGAAGUCCCCCUUGAGAUGGCCUUCUGCCAAAUAGAGGAGUAUCCAAACGAACCAGAGCCUCCAGUAAACAAACGAGGGUGGAUCCAUGCCCUCAGCUGGCUAUGGGACUAG